AUGGCGCUGUUAGAAAUUGGGCCUGAAAGAUUCAACAAGCCUGUGCAUGAAAUUACACAAAGUGAGAUCUCAGGCAGUAAUUUCCUGUUUCUCUGUCUCUCUUUCCAUAGCAUUAUUAGCAUCAUCAUUAUUUUGGCUGGAGCAAUUGUCCUCAUCAUUGGCUUUGGUAUUUCAGGGACACACUUCAUCACCGUCACUACUCUCAUCUCAGCGGGGAACAUUGGGGAGGAUGGAAUCCUGAGCUGCACCUUUGAACCUGACAUCAAGCUUUCUGGUAUCGUGAUACAAUGGCGGAAGGAAGGAGUUACGGGUUCGGUCCAUGAGUUUAAAGAAGGCAAAGAUGACCUGUCAGGCCAGGAUGAAACGUUCAGAGGCCGGACAGCAGUGUUUGCUGAUCAGGUGAUAGUUGGCAAUGCCUCUCUGAGACUGAAAAACGUGAAACUCGCGGACGCCGGCACCUACCAGUGUUACAUCAGCACUUCCAAAGGCAGGGGCAAUGCUGACCUCGAGUACAAGACCGGAGCCUUCAGCAUGCCAGAGGUGAAUGUGGACUAUAAUGCCAGUUCAGAGAGCUUGCGGUGUGAGGCUCCCCGAUGGUUCCCCCAGCCCACUGUGGUCUGGGCGUCCCAAGUGGAUCAGGGCGCCAACUUCUCAGAAGUCUCCAACACCAGCUUUGAGCUGAACUCUGAGAACGUGACCAUGAAGGUUGUGUCUGUGCUCUACAAUGUCACAAUCAACAACACAUACUCCUGUAUGAUUGAAAACGGCAUUGCCAAAGCCACAGGGGAUAUCAAAGUGACAGACUCUGAGAUCAAAAGGCGGAGUCACCUACAGUUACUGAACUCAAAGGCUUCUCCAUGUGCCUCUUCUUUCCUUGUCAUCGGCUGGGUACUCCUGCCCCUCUCCCCUUGCCUGAUGCUCAAAUAAUGUACCUUGGCCACACAAAAGAAUGCAAAGUCAUUGGUCCAACAGGAAUCUACAGAACUUUUUCACCACCAGCUAUGACCUAGUUUUAUAUUUCUGUGGGAAAAUGAAUUCAUCUCUGGAAGUCUGGAGUGUACAAACAAGA